AUGAGGGUGAUCGAGCUGAACCGACUCGGUCGUCUUCUGACCUUCGACCCUCAGACAGGAAGUGUGCGCGUCCUGCUCGACUCGCUCUACAUGCCCAACGGCGUCGCCCUGUCACCUGACGAGCACUUCCUGCUGCUCGCCGAGACCAGCAUCGGACGCAUCCUGAGGUUCUGGCUGAAGGGCCCGGCGACCGGCGCCACGGAGAUCCUCAUGGACAACAUGAUCGGUUACCCGGACAACAUCCGCCUCAGCGACCACGGCACGUUCCUGGUCGGCAUGACGACGCCGCGGCUCCGGAAGCUGGUGCCUCCGUUCCUCGACGCCAUCGCUCCGUACCCGGGCCUGAAGCGCCUGCUGGCCAAGGUGGUCCCUCUGAGCUGGUACGGCCUCCUGCUGCCCCGCUACGCUCUGGUCCUGGAGCUGGGACCGGACGGCGAGCUGGUGGGAUCUCUUCACGACCCUGAAGGUCGUCUGACGUGGGCGAUCAGCGACGUGUUCCAGCACCGGGGGAGGACGUACCUGGGCAGCACCGACCUGCCCUUCCUCCCCGUCCUGGAGGGCGGGUGACAGCUGAGGACGGAGAUGAAGACCUGCUCCUUCUUUUUUUAAUCUCUGGAUUGUUUUUAGUUUCUGUCGAGCAGCUACAGGAAAGUUCUUUUUGUCAUGGUUUCCUUCUUUCUAGACGUCCGUCUCAUCAACAACAUUUUCCAGGACAGAGAAGACGUCAGACACCGUGUGGAGGAAACUCUGUUUGUUUCCUCCAUCUUGUUCUUUUGGUCACUACACUGGACUUUGAGGUUUUUCCACCGGUCACAGUCCUCUGAAGAACCUGAGAACAAAUCUCAAACCUUUGUAUCACACACACGAUUCAAAAGGGAGGCGUGGCUUAACGUGUUCAUUCUGAAACUAGUUUGUAAAUUACAUUUUCUCUUGGUCUCGGAUUCGUGAAUCUUUUGGGGACAUUUUCCCCCCAAAUAACUUUUUUAUUUCUGUCUGGAAUGUGAAACUCUAAUUUUAAAUUUACCCUGUCAAUGUGAUUUUUUAACUUUUUGAAACCAUAAGAAUGUAAACUCUUAAGUACUGUAAUGAAAAGACUGAUAUUUUUUUUAAAUAAAUGUUUUAAAUUUA